GGUUCCGGUCAGCGCUGUAUGUUGUGAGGUGAUCUAAAACUUUUUCGCCUCAACUUUAGUUUUGAUAAAGUGAAGAGACUCCGCGAAGCGGAGCGCGUGAGCUGCGGGUAGCUGGUGUUAGCUGCUGUUAGCUGCUGUUAGCUUCUAUUAGCUGCUUGUAGCUGGUGUUAGCUGCUGUUAGCUUAUGUUAGCUGCUUGUAGCUGCGGUUAGCUGGUGUUAGCUGCUGGUAGCUUCUGUUAGCUGCGGUUAGCUGGUGUUAGCAGGAUGAGCUCCUUAGUGGCCCUUCACACCCAGCUGGCCACCGUCAUGGAGUCGUUGGUUCACGCUGCGGUGGCGGAGCUCAAGAAGCUGGUGGACAACAGCUCGACCUUUCUGGACCUCCGGACCGAAGCGGAGCUGCCUCUGCCGGCCAAAGUUUCAUCAGAGAGCAGGGAGAAGACGGUGCUGUUCGCCUCCAUCAUGGAGACCCUGGGGAACGAGGCUCUGGGGAAAAUGAUGAACAUCGUGGAUGAAGCCGAGCUGGUGUCAGGACGGAGUGGGAAGAGACCACAGACCAGCGUCCUCAACAUCCUGAACAACGCAACCGUCGAGUUGGAACACUCGUACGGCGUCCGAUUGCAGAGCUGCGACACGGACUGGUCGCCACAGACGUCGCUGCUGACCCAACCAGAGAAGGAGACGGUGGAGGUUCCCUUUGUGCCGGCCGUGACAGUCAAAGACGAACGUGGAAACAUCGACCUAGGAGCCAUCGCUGAGAGAGCUCAUGAAGAAGCUCAGCCUCUUCUAAUCGACCGGCAGGAGGAAAUUUCCGCUUCCCCUGAGUUUGUUCUUGAGAGCGUCACCUGGAAGUGCUUCAUAUGCACGCUGUGCAGCAAAUCCUUCACGUCUCAGAGCAACCUGAGGAGCCAUCAGCGCAUCCACUCUGAGGAGAAGCCGUUCUCCUGCAGCAUCUGCGGCAGGGCGUUCCGUCAAAGGCAGAGCAUGCAGAGCCACACACGCAUGCACACGGGUGAGCGGCCAUACAAGUGUCCCGAGUGCGAGAAGUGUUUCACCAAGCAGACGCAGCUGAAGACGCACUCCAUCAUCCACACUGGGGAGAAGCCGCAUGGCUGUGAGGUGUGUGGCAGCCGCUUCAGCCUGCUGCAGAACCUGCACCGCCACCAGCUCACGCACACGGGCAAGAAGCUCUUUGUGUGCAACGUGUGCGGGAAAGGUUUCACCCGUUCCGUCACGCUUAAGACUCAUGAACUCAUCCACACGGGACAGAAACCCUUCAAAUGCGAGGAGUGUCCCAAGACCUUUCGCCACGCCGUCAACCUCAAGAACCACCAGAGGAUCCACAGUGGCGUGCGGCCCUUCAGCUGUGACCUCUGUGGGAAGAGCUUCCGCCAGUCAGUGAACCUGAAGAUCCACCGCAGAAUCCACACCGGCGAGCGACCAUUUAGCUGCCAGGAGUGCGGCAAGACGUUCAGCCAGCAAAGCAGCCUGAUCUCACACGGCCGCACACACUCCUCCGAGAAGCCGUUCGCCUGCAGCUCCUGCGACAAGAAGUUUAACAACGCCAACAGCCUGAAGCUGCACGAGCGUGUCCACACGGGGGAGAAACCGUACACCUGCGACAUCUGCGGCAAGACCUUCAGUCAGGGAAGUCAUCUGAGGACGCACAAGAGACACGUCCACGCCGGCGGCAAACAGUUCAUCUGCGACAAAUGCGGGAAGAGGUACUCGGACCAACGCAACAUGAAGUUGCACAAGUGCAGCUACGCGUGAACGAGAUGACGCUGGGAUUUAAAAUGAAAUGUAUUAAAGUUCUGGACAUUCAGGGAUUAAAACUCAGUUUGAAUUUUAUUUUACUUAUGAAACAAACAAAGGUUUUUUUAAAGAGGAAAGUUAUUUAUUCAGUGUUGAGGAGGGUAAACCAAUCAGAUGUCCUGUGUUGAUAUGUGCUGGGCUUUGAAACUUUUCCAUGAGCCUCUUCUCACAGUAGGGCACAAUCUUUGACCUUUGAUAUUUAAAGGUGAGAGAGGACUUAAAGUAUGAUGAGUGACUGUCUACAUGGACGCUAAAUACUUCAUGGGCAAUAUUAAUAGUAGUAUUAAUAGAAUAGUGUAACGGCUGCUCACAGUUAUACAAGACAAAUUAGAAAAAAUGCCACAGUGGAUAUAAUGAAUGAAAGUCAGGUCAGGGCUUCAGCCUCCACGCAGGGAUUAGCUUUCACAGCGCCCCCUAUUGGAUGUUCAAAAUGAUUGGACCAGAUGAGGACACGUGUCUGAAAUAAGCCUGGUAGGAUUUUAUAAUAUUUCAUGAAUUUUGUAAAAAGUAAUAAAUGUUACAUUUAUGUUGCAA